UUUCCUUACGAUGAGUAUCCUGCUUUUGACCUCAACAGCAUGGAUGAGGCUGAAUGUCUUGCAGAAUUUCGGUUUGAGAAACGACAUAUCCCUUUGCUUGCAGAAGCACUAAGAAUCCCAGCAUAUUUUACCACACCGCAGAGGAGCCGUGUAAAUGGAUUAGAAGGCCUGUGCAUUUUGUUAAAAAGAUUAUCAUAUCCUUGUCGUUACAGUGAUAUGAUACAACGCUUUGCGUACCCUGUUCCUGUUCUGAGCAUGGUAACAAAUGAAGUACUAAAUUUUCUUUACGAGACUCAUGGUCAUAGAAUAUUGCAGUGGAACGAUUUACUUCUUAAUCCAGCAGCACUCGAAGAUUAUGCUCAUGCGAUAUUUAACAAAGGAGCGCCCUUAAGGAACUGCUUCGGAUUCAUAGAUGGCACGAUUAGACCAAUUUGUCGUCCUGGUGAAAAUCAGCGUUUUGUUUUUAAUGGGCAUAAACGACUACAUUCGCUAAAAUUCCAGUCAGUUGCGAUUCCUAAUGGACUGAUUGCAAACAUGUACGGUCCUGUAGAGGGAAAAAAGCAUGAUUCUGGAAUGCUAACAGAUUCAGGUCUAAUGGCAGAACUGGAAGGAAGGGCAUAUUCAACUGAUGGACAAGCCAUGUGUCUCUACGGUGACCCUGCUUAUCCAUUAAGGGUACACCUUCAAGCACCUUACCGUGGAGCCCAAUUAACAGAGCAAAUGAAAUUUUUCAACAAAUCAAUGAGUGCUACAAGAGUCUCAGUUGAAUGGCUGUUUGGAGACAUCGUUAAUUACUUCAAGUUUGUUGACUUCAAAAGAAAUUUGAAAAUAAGACUUAGCAGUGUGGGGAAAAUGUACUUAGUAUGUGCUUUGCUGCAUAAUUCACAUACCUGCUUGUAUGGUAACCUGACUUCAGAAUUUUUUGGAGUUGCUCCACCAACACUUCAGCAAUAUUUUGGUUAA